CGAAGGCGGGCCCAGAGGCGAGCGCUUCGCUAACGUCAUUGCGCGCGCCGGAAGUACCUACCUGGGAUAACGGCGGCGAGCGGACGGCUGCAUUUACGGGGUCUCCCGGAGGGCCGGAGUCGUGGCUUACAGAAGAGACGAAAUGUGGUCUGAGGGACGAUAUGAAUAUGAAAGAAUUCCGAGAGAACGAGCACCUCCUCGAAGUCAUCCCAGUGAUGGCUACAAUAGACUAGUUAAUAUUGUGCCAAAGAAACCACCACUGCUAGACAGACCUGGUGAAGGAAGCUACAAUAGAUAUUACAGUCAUGUUGAUUACCGAGACUAUGACGAGGGCCGCAGUUUUUCUCAUGAUCGAAGAAGUGGUCCACCUCACAGAGGAGAUGAAUCUGGUUAUAGAUGGACAAGAGACGAUCAUUCUGCAAGCAGGCAACCUGAAUACAGGGACAUGAGAGAUGGCUUUAGAAGAAAAAGUUUCUACUCUUCCCAUUAUGCGAGAGAGCGGUCUCCUCAUAAAAGGGACAAUACUUUUUUCAGAGAAUCACCUGUUGGCCGAAAGGAUUCUCCACACAGCAGAUCUGGUUCCAGUGUCAGUAGCAGAAGCUACUCUCCAGAAAGGAGCAAAUCAUACUCUUUCCAUCAGUCUCAACAUAGAAAGUCCGUGCGUCCUGGUGCCUCCUACAAACGGCAGAAUGAAGGAAAUCCUGAAAGAGAUAAAGAGAGGCCUGUCCAGUCUUUGAAAACAUCAAGAGAUACUUCACCCUCAAGUGGUUCAGCAGUUUCUUCAUCAAAGGUGUUAGACAAACCCAGUAGGCUAACUGAAAAGGAACUUGCUGAGGCUGCAAGCAAGUGGGCUGCUGAAAAGCUAGAGAAAUCAGAUGAAAGUAACUUGCCUGAAAUUUCUGAGUAUGAGGCGGGAUCCACAGCACCAUUGUUUACUGACCAGCCGGAGGAACCUGAGUCAAACACAACACAUGGGAUAGAAUUAUUUGAAGAUAGUCAGCUAACCACUCGCUCUAAAGCAAUAGCAUCAAAAACCAAAGAGAUUGAACAGGUUUACCGACAAGACUGUGAAACUUUCGGGAUGGUGGUGAAAAUGCUGAUUGAAAAAGAUCCUUCAUUAGAAAAGUCUAUACAGUUUGCAUUGAGGCAGAAUUUACAUGAAAUAGAGUCUGCAGGACAGACUUGGCAGCAGGUGCCCCCUGUGAGGAACGCUGAAAUGGAUCACGACGGAACCCCCGAAAACGAAGGUGAAGAGACUGCGCAGUCAGCCCUCUUUGGAUUCCAGCACGACGCAUCAAACCAUACCAUAGUGGGGGUAGGACCCAACCCAGUACCAGAAAUGAAGGAAACGACCCUGCAGGCCCCGCAGCCCCCGCAGGCCCCGCAGCCCCCGCAGCCCCGGAAGAAACGGGUUCGUCGGACGACACAGCUUCGUCGGACAACAGGAGCCCCAGACAUUACCUGGGGGAUGCUGAAGAAGACAACUCAGGAGGCUGAGAGAAUCCUGCUCCGAACACAGACACCAUUCACUCCAGAAAAUUUGUUCCUUGCUAUGCUCUCUGUUGUACAUUCCAACUCACGCAAGGAUGUGAAGCCGGAAAACAAGCAGUAACUGCUAUGCCUGACAAAACUGUUGCUGCACACAUCUGUACUCGUCAAUCAACAAAACCUGAUGCAAAAAACAGAAAAGGGGUGAUGUAGGAGAUCGGUCAGGUUGGUAGGAGAAGCUAUAAUGAAAGACGCAAUUGGAAGGUCGGGAGGUUUUCCAAAGCUUCGGGAGAGAAUAAAGCUGAAGGCAGCUUUAUUAAUUAAUUCUCUUACCCUGAGGCUGAGGGUGAACAGUAGGUAGCAAGGGAGUGUAAAGGAAUUUAUCUAGAUAAGUUUGUUUACUUAUGCCCUCCGGAAACCAUGCAAGACUGCUCCCUGCAAAGGGGGGCGACAGUGUUCAUUACUCACAAAUUGUGUUGGCUUCAGGCCUUUGGUAUUCUGUCUCUACUGAAUAAAUACAAAUGGUUCCAGCUUAUCAGGACUGCAGUCUCUUCUCGGCUGCACUAAAGCUGGCACUCCCCCUAGCCGUUCUCAUGCAAAAUACCUGUGUCAGAAUACUCCUUUCAUCCAUCACUCAGCCAGAGUCUUCAGGACAGACUCGGCAUGGGACUUGUCCAAAAAAAUUCUAAUCAAAAGAGGAAAAUUUUGGAAUGUGCCAGGAAUAGUGGAAUUUUAUUUUUUAAAUUUUUUAUAGGCCCAUACGCUGUAUCUCAAGAAACAAGAUGAUUGUAACGUGUCCAUGAUUAAACUAUUGGCAGAUUAUUGCUGUGUUAAUCUCUGUAGUCUAAUGAGUUCUUUGUUCUGUUCUGCUGCCUUUUACGUUUUCUUGUCCUUUCAAAAGUGUUCUUGAAAGAAACAAAGUGAAUAGGCAGUUAGCACAGCACAGCUACCCCUUACCAAGCAGUCUAUGGAAACAACCCCUCAUCCAAAUCAUGGGUUAGUUAAGAAUCUAACUGGGGCAAUUAAGAUGAAUUCCACUCACUUCCUGGUCACUUCAGCAGCCCAGUGGCAUUGAGCCAAAAUAUACAAUUCUGUGUUAUUAGUGAGGAAACUUUAAAACUCAUGUUUGUUAUUACUUACUACGCAGUUUCAUUAUCCUCCCUUCCUCUUUCCAUUUCUAUUCUCUCUCACUUGAAUUCUGGCAUUAUUUUUAGUGGCCUCUACUGAUAAUACCUACCCUAGAGUACAUAAAAAUUAUAUUAAAAGAGGAAGUAGCAGUAUGCAUAAUUUUAACAGAUUCUAUAAUGGGUGCCUCAAAAUAUGUAUUGUGCCAUUCUGCAAAUUUAAAAGCUAAUUGAGGACAAUUUUUUUUUAAUUUCCUAAAUGAGACCACCUUGGAUUUUUAUUUUUGCCAUUUAGAUGUUUAUACUUAUUUAGCUUUUAUAAAACAUAAGCCAAGCUAAAUCCCACAUAACAACUCUGGUAUUCUUCCCUCAUAUGAGCAGUGAUUUUAUUUGUUACCCACCUUAGAUAGACUAAGAAAGUUCUAGUCUUGUUUUUCCUUCUCCCCGCUUCCCUGGGGUUUUUCCUUACCAUAAGUAUUCUGGUCCCAGGGUUCAGUUCCUUUAGUCAAGAUGUCACAAGUUUAAAAACAAAACUUGAGAAACUACCAAAGGCUCAGGAGUUGUUCACUCUGUUGAAAUCCAUUAAAUUAGAGAAGUCUCACUAACAGAUGUAUUUAAAUAUAGGUACAACAGAUAAUUUCUUUUUCUCCCCUUCCCCAAAUUACAGUCAGCAUUUAAAGCUGUUUAUGGCUUGCCAUCAGCAUUAUUCUGGUAGGCUUGUUAGUGUUAAAAUCUAUUUGAUUUUUUUUUUUUUUUUUUGCCUCUUAAAGUCUAAUUUUAGGAUGGAUGAAUUCAGAUGUUUACCAGAGUGUGUAUUUUACAUAAUGUUCUUGAUUAAAAAGACUUGUUUGUAAAUUAUCCGUUGUUUUUGGAUAUGCCCAGUUGAUGUGAUAAAAUUUUCAUUGUCUUGCCAUAUAAAGCCUUGGUUAUCAACAGGUGGAAUGUAGAUAUUGUAAAGCUUUUUGUGAAUUAAAAGUGCAAAAUAAAGCAACCACAUUUAAGUA